AUGGACCAGCCCCUGACACUCUGGUCUGAAGAACAGCUUCCACCUGCCGAGUUCGCUGGAGAACGCCAUGCACCAGGCUCUCCGCAGUGCCCGUCGGGAGCGAGAGCGCCGGAAGUCGCUUGCCGGCGGCCCCCGGGCUCCCCGGUUUGCACGGCGCGCCACGGGUGCCGGCGCUGGGCUCGCAGCCCCUAUGACGGCGACAGGCCCCUGCUCUCUCGGGUGGACCCCGAACGCCGACCCUGCGAAGCAGCACCUGCGCUGGGUGUGAUCUGCCCUGUGUUUGUGCAAGGCCCCAAACACCAAAUCCAGCCUCCUCCUUUGUUAGCAUGCCCUUGUUUUCUUUUCCUCAGGAACAUUUAUAUGGACUUCAAUUCGACCACCCCCUUGGAGCAGGAGGUUAUGCAGGUCAUGACGCAGGCCAUGCGGGAAGCCUGGAUGAAUCCCAGCAAUUCUUACCCAGCAGGCAGAAAAGCCAAGGACAUUAUAAAUGGAGCUCGGGAAAACCUGGCCAAGAUGAUAGGCGGAAAGCCUCAAGACAUCAUCUUCACUUCUGGGGGAACAGAGUCCAAUAAUCUAGUGAUCCACUCCGUGGUGCAACAUUUCCUCAAAAACCAGACCAGAAAAGAGGCUAAGGCUGAGCGCGAGCCCCUGGGUGAAGGGGCCAGGCCGCACGUCAUCACCUGCACCGUGGAGCACGACUCAGUCCGCCUGCCUCUGGAGCACCUGGAGGAGGAAGGCAUCGCUGCAAUCACCUUGGUCCCCGUGUCAAAAGUAAGCGGGCAGGCAGAAGUAGACGAUAUCCUCGCGGCUGUGCGGCCCACCACGUGCCUCGUGACCAUCAUGCUAGCCAACAACGAGACCGGCGUCGUCAUGCGGGUCCCCGAGAUCAGCCAGCGCAUCGACGCCCUGAACACGCAGCGGGCGGCCUCCGGACUGCCGCGCAUCCUGUUGCACACGGACGCUGCGCAGGCACUGGGCAAGAGGCGUGUGGACGUGGAGGACCUGGGAGUGGACUUCCUCACCAUCGUGGGCCACAAGUUCUACGGCCCCAGGAUCGGAGCGCUGUACGUCCGAGGCCUUGGCGAACGGACCCCGCUGUACCCCAUGCUGUUUGGAGGUGGGCAAGAGCGGAAUUUCAGGCCAGGGACCGAGAACACGCUGAUGAUUGCGGGCCUCGGGAAGGCCGCUGAGCUAGUGAGCCAGAACUGGGAGACGUACGAGGCCCACAUGAGGGAGGUCCGAGACUACCUGGAGGACAGGCUACAGGCAGCAUUUGGCAAGAAGAGGAUCCAUUUCAACAGCCAAUUCCCAGGGACCGAGCGAUUGUCCAACACCUGCAAUGUCUCCAUCCUUGGACCCCGGCUGCAAGGCCACCUGGUGCUUGCCCAGUGCAGGAGGCUGCUGGCCAGCGUGGGCGCCGCAUGCCACUCAGACCUCGGGGACCAGCCUUCCCCAGUGCUGCUGAGCUGCGGCAUCCCCACUGACGUGGCCAGGAACGCGAUCCGGCUCAGCGUGGGGCGGGCCACCACCAAAGCUGACGUGGACCUGGUGGUGGAUGACCUGAAGCAGGCCGUGGCCCGGUUGCAGGGCCCUGUCUAGGAUUCCCCUGUGGGCAGACCUCAGCAUGCUCGGCCCGUGAGAGCCCAGCCCACCUGCACACGCACAUGCACACACUGCCCCUGCCCUGGUCUGGCCCAGGGACACAUGGCUCCCCACUCCUUAAGCCUAGCCUGGACACACCAACCCCUUCCCUCUUCCCACCCCCUCCCCGGACAUGGCUGGGGACACCCUGGCCCUCCCCUCCCUGGCCUGGCUGGGGUGAGACUUGGCAGGGUUUUGCAGGCCUUGGUUGGGCCUGGUGACUUGGGACUCUGCUCUGGACCAGCCGGACAGGAGGGCCCAGGAACACAUGUCCACACAGGACAGUCACUCAUGGUCCUGGGAACACAUAGGAAAGUCACUCAUGGCCCAGGAACACAUGUCCACAUAGGAAGGCCACUCAUGGGCCCAGGAACACAUAGCAAGGUCACUUAUGGGUCUGAGAACAUGUGUCUACAUAGGAAAGUCACUCAUGGCCCAG